CUCUAGUUCAGCAACUCUUGGGCACUCGGCUUGCUCUCCCUCUCGACUCACAAAUUCACCACUAGAAAUGGACAAGGUCAUACUCAAGAAUCUCAAGUUCGACCUCGCCGUCGGUUUUGACGCCUGGCGACGGUACGGCAAACCACAACCCGUCUCCAUCACAGUCGAAAUUCAUCCAAGAUCCAAUCUCGAGGCUGCCGCCGCUCAAGACGAUGUCAAUCUUUCUCUAGACUACGGCAAAUUGUACAAGAGCAUCUCUGGCAGUCUAACGAACUCUGGAGCAUAUCCUACGAUCCACGUCCUGAUCUCUCAGCUUGCUCAAUUUGUGCCAGAAUAUGCCUUUCUUGACAUGGACAUUCUCUUCCCCAAAGCACUUCUGCAGGUCAACGGAGGUGUCUUGUAUCGUCUGCAAGUCGACAACUCGACUCCAGGACUCAUCACGCCCAAUUUGACUCUUGAUAUCAAGGGAAUCGCUUGCAGUUGCAUUAUUGGCGUCAACCCACAUGAGCGGCUCUACAAACAAUCAUUAUCCAUUGAUAUCAGCAUCCCGGUCAUAACCACCGCCCUUGGUCCUGAGCCUACGGAGGAGCAUUAUACUGCUGAGCUACAUGAUAUGGUCGAAGAAGUUAUCGACAGAGUAAAAGGCUCGUCAUAUCAUACAAUCGAGGCACUCGCAUCUGCAGUAGCACAGAUUGUCACCAUGAACUACAGCCAUACUGUCGCCAAAGUCCGCAUCGAGAAGCCGAGCGCCAUUGCCACCAUCGAGGCUGCGGCCAUCGAGAUCACUCGCAGCAAAACUUUCUUCGAAAACAAAGACUUCUGGAAAGUCAAGAGGCCUUAACAGGUCCCGACGUCUUUCAGUCACCAGUCAAAUCGACUAUGCUGACUCGUGGACGUGACAUCCUCGAAGGGUCCGCUGCUGCUUUCGGGGUCGCUCCGCUGCCAACUUCUUUCCACGACCCUGGCAGGCUGUCGCGAGGCAUAGCACGGACAUGUCUCGAAGAAAAGCUCGUCUUCAGGCCCGUGGUCAGUUCCGGAGGUAUGACAAUCAAAUCGGUCGGCUUUUCUUCUGACGAGUCUUCUGCUAACUUGUGCUCUUGCUGAGUUGCAGAAAUAUAUGGGGCAAAGAAACUUUUGAUCGACUGCUUGGGUCUGGUUGGACUGUUGUUGACUGAUUCACGCAAACUAUUUGCUGAAUCAGGCUGUACCAAAGUGCGCGAUAUCUUCGCCGGCUUCCUAGUCCGGCGUUGCGUCACCGUGUCUGGGACCUCUGCAGUCUGGGAAAUUGCCUCAAGAGCGGCGGGCACUUCUCGUGUAAGCUCGAGUGUCGGAUGCACUGGGGAUGAAUCGAUGACUAUGGGUUCCUCCAUGGAAUUUUUCUGUACCACUGGCACCAAAGGCCCAAGAAAAGGGUCAUCUGCAAUCUUCGUUGGAUCGCGACUUUUGCUGACUUGGAGAAAGGCGCGCAUAGUAGGUGAGCUUGUAAUUCCCGACCUACUUGAACUCGGCUUUGUGGGAGUUCUGGGCACUUCUCUCGAAGCAGCGGCAUCAUUGACGCAGGAAGGCGAUCGAUCACCCCUGAUCUUCCGUGCCGGAGCUGCAUGGCUAGAUGGUUUCGACGUCACCACGUAAUUCAACAGUGCACCUUUUGUCAUGCCACCUGUUGUAUCUUUGCCCUUUCGUGUCUCAUUUUGCUUCCGACAUUUC